CUAAGCCUACACGAUUAUAUUUCAAACUAACAUAAUGUACCUCUAAAUUCUUCAAGUUUUUCUACCAUCCUUUUAACCUAUUAAUUUUGACCCUAUUUUCAAAACUAAAAGUAAUUCAAAUUAUCGAAUUUAAACCGUGAAUCGUCCUAAUUAGCCAAAACAACGGUCACGUAGUUUAAGUGACUCGCGCGACAUUUCAAAUUACACAAAACGUUACCUAUCUCACCAAAAUGGAAAUGUUCAACCAACUGCAAGGGGAAAGCCAGAAAAUGCUUCAAGAGCUGAAAAAAUGGACCGCAGAUUCGGGGGCCGAGUUGGCGGCCGUGUACGGAACCAUGAAGAAGACUGGCAAGAACAGCGUCGACGGCAUCGUGCAGUGGAUGAAAGAUGUAAAACUGAUCUCCUCAAAAGAGACAGAAGAAAAAGUCCGCGCAGAACUCGACAAGGCACCAGAUAAAAAAGACGUCGGCUUCCAGCAAUUCAGGAACACAGUGUUCCAGGUGGUGGAGGAACAGAAGAAGGCGUUUGCGGAGAUGGAAGCAGCGGUGAAGGAGCAGGGGGGGAGGUUGGUAGCGGCGUUCCAGGCGGGGACUAGUGCUGCACAAGAGGCGCUGAGGAGGCAUGACAAGACGACAGGAAAAUAGUCUUUAUAGAAUAGUCUAAAAGUUUCAAUGGAUGACGCUCCAGAUCUUAAAAACUACCUAUUCAUACAUCAUGCGCCGAUGGAAAGGAAAUGGGCUUUGGGAAGCAAGUACAGUAAGACAAACAUACAGCUAAAGAACGCUCUAAGAAGCUAAAAAUAAAACUGAGCUGAAAGGAUAAGGACAAAUAAGAUUAAUAACACAAGCACAUGUUAACGAACGUGUCAAUUAAUUAAAAACCGUAUAACUACAUCUACAUUUUUUUUUUACAAUUGAUUGUAAUUAUAUGUACAUAAAUAAAAGACUACAAAUCACUA